CACUUUUUUCAGCCAAAAAUUUCUUAAAAAAAAAAUGGGUUCUUGUGGAGAAGACAAGGAAAUCAUAUACCAAUCAAAGUUGCCGGACAUCUACAUUCCAAACCAUCUUCCACUCCACACAUACUGCUUUGAAAACCUCUCUCAGUUCUCCUCCCGGCCAUGCAUAAUCAAUGGAGCCACUCACGAAAUCUACACCUACGCCGACGUCGACCUAAUCUCCCGCAGGGUCGCCGUUGGCCUUAACAACCUCGGCAUCUCCCAAGGCCAUGUCAUAAUGCUCCUCCUCCAAAACACCCCCGAGUUCGCCUUCGCCUUCCUCGCCGCCUCCCAUCUUGGCGCCAUCUCCACCACAGCCAACCCUUUCUACACCCCCGCCGAGAUCCUCAAACAAGCCCUCGCCUCCACCUCACGUCUCAUCAUCACCGAGUCAUGCUACGUCCCCAAACUCCAACCACUCCUCGCUGAUCACGACAUCAAGGUUGUCGUCAUCGACGACUCCGUCCCUGACGGUUGCAUCCCAUUCUCCACCCUCAUGUCUUCUGACGAAAACCAGUUACCAGAAGUCACUAUAGAUUCCAACGACGUUGUCGCCUUGCCGUACUCCUCCGGCACCACCGGGUUACCCAAAGGUGUCAUGCUCACACAUAAAGGACUCAUCACUAGCGUCGCACAACAAGUGGACGGAGAUAACCCUAAUCUCUAUUUCCACAGUGAAGAUGUUAUCCUUUGUGUUCUACCAUUGUUUCACAUAUACUCUCUCAACUCUGUGCUUCUCUGUGGAUUGAGAGCUGGUGCUGCCAUUCUUAUAAUGAAGAAGUUUGAUAUUAUAAAGUUGAUGGAGCUGGUGCAGAACUAUAAGGUGACUAUCGCGCCGUUUGUGCCACCCAUCGUAGUUGAGAUUGCCAAAAGCCCGGUCGUCGACGACUAUGAUUUGUCUUCUAUUAGAACCGUCAUGUCCGGCGCUGCUCCGAUGGGUAAAGAGCUUCAGGAUACUCUCAGGGCCAAGAUACCAAAUGCCAAGUUAGGCCAGGGUUAUGGGAUGACUGAAGCUGGCCCAGUACUAUCUAUGUGCUUGGCUUUUGCGAAGGAACCGUUUGAGAUAAAAUCAGGAUCUUGUGGAACUGUUGUUAGGAAUGCCGAGAUGAAAAUUGUUGAUCCCGAGACUGGCUUAUCUUUGCCACGUAAUCAGCCGGGAGAGAUUUGCAUUAGAGGUGAUCAAAUCAUGAAAGGCUAUCUAAAUGAUCCUAAAGCAACAGAUAAUACCAUAGACAAGGAAGGCUGGUUGCACACCGGAGACAUUGGUUAUGUCGAUGAUGAUGAUGAGAUUUUCAUUGUGGACCGUCUCAAGGAGCUCAUCAAAUACAAAGGUUUUCAGGUCGCGCCUGCUGAGCUCGAGGCUAUGCUUAUCACUUAUCCAGAAAUUGCCGACGCUGCAGUUGUCCCAAUGAAAGAUGAACUUGCUGGGGAGGUGCCAGUGGCUUUUGUGGUCAGAUCAGAAGGGUCAGAAAUCACUGAGGACCAAAUCAAGCAAUAUAUCUCCAAACAGGUGGUUUUCUACAAGAGGAUACACAAGGUGUUCUUCUCAGAGGCCAUACCAAAGGCACCAUCUGGAAAGAUCCUUAGGAAGGACUUGAGAGCAAAGUUGGCAGCUGGAAUUCCUAAUGGAAAGUAAGGAUGAUGUCUCUUUCUAUCUUUGGUUGUCCUUUUCAUGCAAAUGAAGUGCGACCUAAAUAUAAAUCAGCUAGCCGCUCAUGCAAAAGAAUUAAUUUGGUUUAUUGUUCCUAAAUGGGUUCAACUGAAGAUGACUUUGGUGUUUGUAUGCUGGGGAGAGUAUCUGAUCUUCACUCAGCCAAGAACUUCUCAUAUUCUAUUUGUUUACGAGUUUUCUACGUAAUGUAAAAUGUAAAGACAUUGUGUGAGUGAAAUCUCAGAUGUAAUAUUCUUUUUUAUGUAUUUUAUAUGCAUAAUCAUAAAUAUUAAAUGCAUCAUUAUUAAGUA